AUGCCUCGUCUAGACCUGUUGACGAAGCCGUUGUAUUGCGACCGUGUAUUCGAGUCACCGGAACACAGUUAUUUGUUCACGGUCGACCUGCGCGUCUUUGGACGCCUCGUCGUGGGCGACGGACGCGUCUGGUAUACCCUCAACGUCGGACCGACCCUCAUGCCCCGUGGUGCCAUGGGCUGGCUCACCGACACCAUCCUAUACUUCACCGUGUGUCUCAGCGUUCACGGCGUCGGCACGACGCUCUUCUCCACUAUAUUUUUCGAAGUGGAGCCGAACGCUGCCGAAGGCACCAACGAACGCAGUAACACUGCCACCGGCUCUACCACUACCGGCGUGACCACGCUCGCCGGCAACAUCGCCGGCGGUAUCGCCGGCGGCUUCGCCGGCCUGACAGGCAUGGUCGGCGGCGGCGGCACAGCCGCCGCUGCCGCGGCGACUGUGUCCGCCGGAACGCUGUGCUUGAGGUUCCGCGGCAAGUUGAAACCAACUGUGUCUUGUCCGCUGUUGUUGACGGUGCUUGCGGCUCAAAACCGCUGGGCACCAUGUCUGGUGCCGACGUGGCAGACCCUGGAGGGUUCGAAGGAGGCGAGGUUGCAGGACGCGCGUUUCCGGGCGGUGUUGGAGUUGGUUCAAACGAGUACGCCGAGCCGAGAGUUGCCGCUAGCGGGCGUGACGAGUCAGGGACUCCGGCUCAAGUUCGACGAGGCGUUCCCGCCGCCGUUUUGCGUUUACUACCCUCAGAACUCGAUUGCCUGUUAUCGGCCACAUCCGUUUGUUAGCAUAUGCACCGGCACACACACGUGUGCGGCGUACGCGCCGAAGGGCAGCGUCGAGUUUUCGGCGUUGAAAGAGAACCAGCAGCUCGGCUACGUAUUGGGUAAGCACAGUGAGGCGCGGAAGGGUUCCAAAGACACCACGCCGAAUCGCGUCUUGGGUCGGAGUGCUUCGAUCUCGGAUGCGGCGGCAACGCCGGCUGGCGUGCCCGGAACGAAUGCGUUGCCGGCGACGAAGCUGUGGUGCUUCGAUUGCUUGUACGUGGCAAGGACGCCAGCGCCGCUCAAGUCGUUGACAUUUGCCUCGGACCUCUUCACUUAUCUCGUGACAGACGAGAAGGAUACACUUCGGCUUGGUAGCGUCGUGCUCAAUAAGACCUCCAUCGGCUCCUACCGCCGACCCGCAUUUUAUGCGCACGUCGCCUUUGUCCUCUCAGACCCCAUCGCCACUGACUGCUCCCAAAUCCUGCCCGUCACCACGACCGGCCAUUUCCCAACCAAACACGACGUCGUCGGGAUCGAGUACAUGCUACGCACAGACGCUGCUGCAGACCCCGAACUCUCGCCUCGCAAACGCGCAGCCAGCAUCGAUAUGCAACGUAGCUCCGCCCGCUCUGGUACUCGCACCCCUGCCAGGGGUACUCUCACCCCUGCCAGGGGUACUAGUCCUUUGAAUCAGACUGCUCAAGACAAAACUCCAGAUGGAAGAAAUCAAGACGGGACUGAAACUCGAGGCAGAGACAUGGCCAGCGACAGAGACGGCUCCGUGGUGGAGGCGGGCAGGUUGUUGCCAGUGCCCGGUCCGGGCGUGGUCGUAGCGGCUGGCGCGGUGGGGAGUCUGUCGCCGGCGCAACGGCAGGUGCGGAUGGCGCCUAAGCGCAGCCACUUGUUCCCGCGACAUCGCGCCUCACCCCGCAAACUGGUAAUCCGCGGUGAGAGUGAUCAGAGCGCGGAUGAAGACGACGAGGAGGACAGCGACUUGGUCGGAGCCGGUUGGAACGUAGUGAGCGGGCUCAUCGCCAAAAGACUGUCUUUCGAUAACACGUCGCUCUCUUCCAGCGUAACGCUUCGCCUUGAGGACGACGAUGACGACCCCGAAGACGUGUCGUGGGACCGAGAGCGAAGAAAGGACGGCUCAUCUGAGGAGCGGGAAGGUCCGAGUUCGAUUCCCAACGGGGGGCGGGAUGGGGUAUUUGAAGACAGCCGAACGGCCCAGAAGGCGGUCCAGCCGGAGGGAGGUAGGGCGCCGAUAAGUGGGCCGAGCGUGGGGUCGGAGUCGGCUUACUCGGAGGGAUCUGAAGUGUUCGUGCCGUCGAGUCCAAGAGUGUCGGCGAAUUUGUUAGCGCGAGGUCGGCGGCGCGAGUCCAUCGAAGCGCUAGAGCGCACACAACGCGCAGAACGGACGCAGCUGGAGUGCGCAGGUCGACUCCGCGAAUUACACGAAGCCACUGACACCACCACAACCGACGCCGCGGACCCUACCAUCGGCGGUGUCUCACUCAUCGCCAAGACACGGGACGGUGUGCAACAUAUCCUCGUCUCACUCCAACUUCACCCUUACGCACCCAUUUCGCUCAUCUGUCCGCGGGCACUACCACCUGUCAGUGACAAGACAGCCAAACUCUACACUCUCCGCUACGCUGUCAGCGUCUUCGCACUCCAUGCCGGCGCUGGCGCCAAACUUGGCGCGAGGUCGCCUGUUGCGGACGGAGAACAAAACGGUGAGCGGGCAGCCGUUACGCCCCAGGUACCACCUCUUGCCACCCCCAGCCCCGGCCUCCCGGGCUCCUGGGCUAGUGGCCCUCAGUCGUGGUCGGGAGGCAUCCUGAUGGCGGCGGAUGCGACCGCAGACUGUCUGGUUUCUGCAGUGGACAAGGGCAAUUUUAUCGGACUUCGAUCACGCCGAUUCCUCGCCUCCGCCGUGCUUGACUUUUGCACCAGCCCCACUAGCCCCUUCUACCACGAACCGCGCCGUUCCGCGCUCUUCAAUCAACUCUCCAAGGCCACGCUUUUCGACUUAGUGACGCACCUACUCACCGUCGCAAUCGACGCCGUCAAAACGGCCGCUAACGGCUCACCUGGACGUGCAACCCCUGGACGUGUAGCCCCUGGACGUGCAACUCCCGAGCGCGGUAUCGCUGGACGCGCGACAGGCUUGGUCGAGGAAGCAGCCACCGGUUCCGCGGCGCUGAGUCGACCUGCCUCAGGCGGUCCGCCUUCGGGUGGUCUGCUUUCGGUUGGUCUGCCUUCGGGGGGUCUCGCCUCAGGCACUCCGGUGAGUAUGCGGUCUGGAUUUGUGUCUGCACCCAAGCCCGGAGUCAUUGGGUCUGGUGUGGAGACGUCCCAGUCGGGAGGCGGUUUGAGUAUGUUGGGAGAGGUGAUGACUGUGGAGGAGGUGCAGAGGGCAUUGCUGCGUUGUGGUCGAGAUCCGUCUGUGCGUGCGUUGUCAGGAUUGUUGCGAUACUUGCAUGCUCGUUAUCCAGUAGACUCGCUGAAGGAGUUUGCUCGAUUAAGUCGGGUACAUGAGCCACUGGUGGCGGCGUUCGUGCUCUUCCCGUUGGCCCAAGUGUCGCUCCCUGGUGCCUUUUACACCAUCCUGCAGUCUCACGAUCUACGGGCGGCAUGUAGCAUGCUUCUACCUCUUCAACAACUCGUCGGACCCGGCGACGUAAGGGCCGUCUACGCCUGCGAACUCCUUCAUACAGCACUACUCAACGCAGAUGCGAUUGUCGUGCAAGAUGUCUACGCUUUCAUCGUCAUGCACGCACUGCCCCCUGAACGCAAACUGUCACCAACAUCUGCAUUCAGUAGCUCCAUCGAUACCAACGAUGACUGCGUCAUCUACGCACUACGCAACACCAUACUUAAAACCAUCGAAGCACUCCUCCAUGAGAAAAAAUUCCGGGCUCUUGUACUAGCCUGCACUACACUCUCACUUAAACUCGAUGAAUGGUUUGGAGAACUUCCACCGAGCUUCCGAGCCCACAUGGCCGAAAGCAACUUGGACCGGGUCGAGGACCUCGUGCAAGCACUUCAAAGUCAAUUUUGUAAGUCUACGGUCAACUCUGUAAGUGACGGUUCCUUUUCAGACGUCGUCGAUCGCCGAGUCGACUUGUUCGAACACAACGGCGGCAGCGACAACGAGUGUCAGAACGAAUACUUCCUCUCCGACUGGGGACUACAACUCAUCGCCUGUGCCGCCGUCACGGCCGGGUUCACUAACCUCGUCGACGCCGUCCUCGUCGCCUGUCGCUAUAUCGAAUUUGCGGACCUGCAACCCCGACAAGACUUGCACCUGACGACUUGA